CCCAUGCUCUGCAGGCCCGCCCGAGGUGCUGCGCUGACAGCAGCCCCCCAGCCCCCUUCCGGCGCAUGCGCUGCUCAUCCCCAUCCAGGACUUCGGUAAAACCGCGGAUUUACCCCAACCAGGUUCUAGGUCGCUGACCCCGGACGCCGCUCGCUGGUGGUGGCCCUUUCCCCAUUUGGGCGAGGAGCCCCUCCCUGCUCUCUGCCUUGCGGAACCAGAGGUGAAGGCCCGGUUUCCUGCCAGUCGGGGGAAAACGAGCAUUUCCGGCGAUUGGGGCGCACGUGCCGAGAUGGGCUCGGGGUCGCUUCCGGGACCGCUUCCGGGGCUGACAGACCAGUGUAUCCGCCGCGGGUGAGUCGGGGGUCGGGCUGGGCUUGCGCUUAGCCGGUAGGCCGCGCCUGCGGGGCCGCCGGCGGCCCCCUGAGCAGGGCCGGGAGCCCCAGGACCCGGGCCGGUGCCGGGAUGGCGAAGGCGAAGGCACUGACCCCUAAGCGCGCCCCGGGCUCCCCCGGCGCCGAGCCAGCGCUUGUCAAGAAGGUGGUUCGGAAAAAAAACAAGAGAUUCGGGGGGAGAAAAAGGCGGAACGUAAGCCAGAAACCGGAAAACGACCCCAGACUUGUCGUGGUGCGACCUCCAAAGGCACCGGAAGACUUUUCCCCAAACUGGAAGGCGCUGCAGGAGCUGCUGAAACAAAAAUCACAGGCCCUGGAAAAGCAUGUUGUUCUCUCUCAGAUGGAUUCCAAAAAGCAGCCCAAUGUUACCCAACAAAACGGAAAAGUGACACCAGGUAGACCCCAGAGAGAGGAGGUCAGGACUGGGAAAGCAGACCGCAAGGCCCCAAGAGGCCCUGCUCCCUCAGUAUCUCUGGUGGACAGGAAGGGGCCAGCGCCUCCCACAAAGGCCAUCAGGGCAGAGCACAGCAGCCCAGGAACCAAGGAAAGGAUGCACGGUGACGUGGCUCCCCGGCGAGGGGCCCUCAAGCACAAGAAGCGGAAAGCUGAGGAGGCAGCCACAGCCCUGGCACCAGCCCUGCCCACUGAAGAAGACAUCUGGUUUGAUGAUGUUGACCCGGAGGAUAUCGAAGUGACCCUAGGCCCAGAAGCAGCCAAUAUAGCAAGAAAACGCCUGGGUCAGAGCAAGAGCAGCGUCACGCUGGUGAAGGAGCAGGCGUUCGGCGGCCUGACCAAAGCCUUAGCCAUGGAUUGUGAGAUGGUGGGCGUGGGCCCCAAGGGGGAAGAGAGCGUCGCUGCCCGCGUGUCCAUCGUGAACCAGUAUGGGAAGUGUGUUUAUGACAAGUUCGUCAAGCCCAGCCAGCCCGUGACAGACUACAGGACAGCGGUCAGCGGGGUGCGGCCAGAGCUGCUCAAGAAGGGAGAAGACUUUGAAGUUGUUCAAAAGGAAGUGGCAAACAUACUGAAGGGCCGAAUUCUAGUUGGACACGCACUACAUAAUGAUUUAAAGGUACUAUUUCUUGAUCACCCAAAAAAGAAGAUUCGGGACACACAGAAAUACAAGCCUUUCAAGAGUCAAGUGAAGAGUGGGCGGCCGUCCCUCAAGCUGCUUGCAGAGCAAAUCCUGGGGAUCCGGGUGCAGCAGGCAGAGCACUGUUCGAUCCAGGAUGCCCAGGCAGCAAUGAGACUGUACAUCAUGGCGAAGAAACAGUGGGAGAGCAUGGCUCAGGGUCGGCGCACCAGACUUCAACCAGCAGCGGUGUCAGAGCUCACGGCGCCUGCUUCAAACAACGGCAGUGUCUCUGUCCACAGGCAGUUGUGAACGAAUCACAGGACAGCUCGGGUCUCCUCCGGAGGCUCGAGCCUCUGGGAGAUGCCCCACCAUCAGGCAGUGGGGCCGUGCAUGCUGCUGGGAAGAACAACUUCCCUCUGAUUUUAUGAUCUAAGACGUCGUUCCCCCCUGUUGAGGGGGUCAGCACUGGCAGGUGUAGCUGCGGUCAGGGCUGGGCAGUGGGGACUGGUGGGGGUGCCUGGCGACUGUAGGCUUGGCCAGACCUGGGUGUCAGAACAGGCAAUCAGGGCCAUAGGGGCCACUGCAGUCACCAACCCCGAUAGGUCUCGGCGCCUCCACUGAGGAGGCCUCUCUCUGCAUCGCCUCUCCCUGCAGCCCUAGGCAGUUUUCUGUAGGUGGCUCAGCCACAGCUUUGUGGAGGGGUUUUCUGUGGCUGCCUUUGGACUUGGAGGGACCUUCCAAGGGCAGGUGUUCCUUCCCCCAUCCCUAGCCCACCCAGCUCAGACCCAAGGUCAGAGCCCACCAUGUUACAUGAAGCUCUGGGACAAGUUAUUCCUGGAGGUGGGUGCCCCUCCCGGCCUAGGACAGACGUGCUGUUCUGCGAUGCUUUUGAUGAAAAAGCCACAUUGGUCCCCUGGGUGGCCUGAGCUCUCUCCGCCUGGCCCAGGGUGAGGCUCUUGCUGAGAACCAGGCACAGAGUGGCAUGCGGAAGCCCAGCGCUGUACAAAAAAGGCUCAAACCCACUGCGGAUGUAACAUAAUAUAAACAGGUUUUUACUUGA